AUGUGCUUGUAUGCUUGUGUGUUUAGGGAGACGGAGUAUAAAGGGCUCCAGCUGUCUCUGGACCAGGCCAGGUCCAAGGCCUCCUUCCCCUACAGCAGCAGCAGCUCCGCCUGCCUGACGGAGCCCUGCAGAACCCCCAAGAGCAGAGUGACCCGGCCCAAGACCAAAGCCAGGCUCUCCCCUUACACACAGUAUCCUAGUUUCCAGAUGGAGCGCUCAGAGUCUGACCAGGAGAGCCCGUGGGGCAGCAGCCCCGUCACAGACUCAGCCUCCCCCCAGCUGCUGGAGCACAGUGAGGGUCUGGAUGCCUCCUGUGUGUACAGACAGUUCUCUGACCCCCGAUCGCUCUGCUACAGCCUGUCUGAAGAGCACCAUCACAACAGCAGCGACAGCUUCACACACCUCCACUCACAGGGUCAAGGUCAGAGCUGUGAGCGAGGUCGAUGUGAGGCAGGACGAUACUUUCUAGGAGCACCCCCACCUGGCCGGGACGCGUGGUGGGGCAACACCCGGUCUGUCCUGCCGCUGAGCAAGAGCUCCCUGGAGAACACCGAAGGAUAUGACAGCAGCGUGCCGCACAUCACGGCCAUCCACAGCCACCACGGCCGGGGGGGCCACUGGGACGAGGAGAGCGUGGUGAGCUCUCCGGAUGGGGGCUCCGCCAGUGACUCGGGGGACCGGUACCACGCUGACCACUACCGCUGCAGCCCCCAGGAGCCCAGCAAGAUCGAGACCCUGAUCCGAGCCACGCAGCAGAUGAUCAAGGAAGAAGAAAGUCGACUGCGCAAGGGCCCUCAGGAGGUCCCACUGGGGCCGGCCAAUGGGCUGCCCAAGGGUCCCGGCCCAUGCUUCACUCCAGAGUAUAGUCAAGGGCCCCUCCCACUACAGACGGUGGUGUGCCGAGGUCUGAGUCAGGUGAUCAGCCCUGCCCCUAGUCCCGCCCCUCUGUCCAGGCUCAGCAGUCCAGGUCCUGAGCGCCUCCACAAGCCCAAAGACUACCUCCAGACAGACGUGUCCCCCCUCUCUCUGCCAUUACACCACCCGUUCGGGCGGUUGGGGCCGUGCUCUUCCUCCCCCCCCUCGGCCCCCGUCCUCUACCCCUCCCACACCCACCCUCGGCCCUACUUGGACAAGCAUAAGAGCUACUCCCUGACAGGCUACGCUCUGGAGCAUCUCUACGACCCAGAGAGCCUGCGAGGCUACUGCACCUCCACCAGCACGGGCCCCCCCCACUACGAUGUGACCCCUCACCUCCGUAUGGCAGCAGAGCAGACCCCCGGACAUAAAGGCACCUCUGUCAUUAUUAGCAAUGGCAGCUAACACUGACAGAGGGACUCAGAGCCUGAGCUGGUUAGCUUUCCUUAGUCUGGAUCCUGUUAGCCUGAUUUCCCAUCAUACUGAUCCCCCUCAGCAAUCCGAUGCUUUAUAUAGAGCUACAUUGUUGCUAUACUUCCCCCCCAAGCAUUGAUAACAAGUCCACUUCUAAAUGUCUCAUUCAAAGAUAGUAAUGUCAUUAUUUACAAGAUUGAACCGCACAUUCACAUAAUUACAGCAGCGCCGGUUUGAAUGGUAAGGGAUGCAAUUAUGAAGCCGCUUUAGGUCUUAACAAGUCUUCCAAAUAAAAGGACGAUGUAUUUCAUAUAUAUAGUUCCAGAGCACUUGUUGUUUCUGAGUGGACAGUCUCAAAAAUGUAGGUAAACUGUAGAUGUAAACAAUCUGAAUAUAUUGGAGCAGCAUUUCUCCAUGCUGAGCCAGCUGUCAGGCAAACAGAAAGGGAAGCAGUAUACAGUAUAGCAAAAAAGGAAUGAAGCUAAUAGCCCUUGUGUUUGAAAGGAGGGGGGGGAGUAAGACAUCGCAUUGGUCAGCUUAUUGCAAAAAAAAACAACACUUUGGUCAAAACCGAUCAGUAUGAUGGAAGAAAAUGGAAAACAGGGCUGGGUAUAAAUUGUCUGGAGUUGUGCUUUAACAUCCGCCCCAGUGCGUGUAACCGUUUGCACUAUAAGAGAUGGGUCUUUGUGAGGAGGGGGGUUUGGUGUUCAUGCAGCGAUGCAGAGCACAGGUUGGCCCUGAAAUAAAGAAUCAUUUGAACUUCACCGAAAAAUAUGCAAAGCCAUUCUAUGGAUGUUUCUUUUCUCUCCGUUUUGGUAUCUCUCCGUGUCGGUAAAUACAGUUCAGAAAACACCGGUAAUGACUCUCAUGACUGUAUGCUGGAAGCCAUGGAUACUGAACGUGUUGUUGGAAAGGUUUUAAAGGGCAAGUCUGAUGCUUUGAUAUUUGAUAUCUGAUUGGCAAGACAAUAAUUACAUGAUUACGUCCUAUAUCAUUCGUUUUUGUAACCGGAAAGUAUCAUCCAAGGACAUGGGACAUAUUAUGUUAUUUGAGUGAUUGUAAGAAGACCAUAUGCAAGUAACCCGUUGGAAUGGCAGCUCAGGCAGCUCGCUGAUCCCUGAAGCAACUGUUAAUAAUGGUUACGUGGGAAUCUUCAUAUAACAGGAUUUAAGUUUCAUCUUGGGAUCUUUUUUCUUUAUUUCUUCACUCCUUAGAUAAACCUAUAUUUAUACAAGUUUGGAUUUUGUUUUGAAUGUUCACAGCCUGAAAUGUGCUCCAUCCAGUUAUUUAUGGUGUAAAUAUGCUCAGAAAGGAGAAUCCCACCACAUUUAAGCACAUGGGCAGAAACUGUAUUUAUUGAAUAAAUGAUUCUUUAUGAUUUUGAAAUAUAGCUGCAAUCAAAUCCAGUCUGCUUCUAUAUUGAGUGUGUUUUUGACUGAAGCAAAUUUUAAAA